AGCCUCGUGCUGUUGAGGGCAGCGGAGCAUUGCAGCCAGAUCGGGAUUUGAAUUCCUCAGCGACAGUGUGAUGGUGUCACUAAGGAAGCUGCCCUCAUUCUGCAGAUGGAACGAAUUAGCACGGGCGUCGCGGCGCUGCUGGGAGGGCGACCUGAAAUGUAAUGCAUGUGAAGUCCUUGGAACACAGUAGGUCCUCCACAGAAGGAAUCACGGUUGAAAACGCCGUUUUAAAAGCAAUCUUUCUAGGUUGAGAAGCUACAGCCAAGAGAGGCCCAGCGGGCCAAGGGCCUACGGAAGAGAUGGGUGAUCUGCUCUCACAGCUAGUGUUCCGGAUGGCCCCCCACCUCACCCCGGAAGUGGAUGUUAAGGAAGAACUCCACGUUAAAGCUAAAGGCGCCUACCCGUUUCCCUUUCUAGGAUGUGGGAUUGGGGAUAAUUUGUGAGGGGAUGUAGAAAUUGUGGGUACCAUCAGAUGCGGGCAAGCCUGCCUAGAUACACACAUACCCAAGAACUCGGGCAACUUCACAGUCCCUAUACUUUAUGACACACGCACACGUGACGGUCUCUAAGGAUGUCCACUGAGUCAGCUUGGCUGAGGCUUGCACGGGGCAUCACUUCCCUGUCCUCACCAGUGGAGGUGACCUGCAGGACUUUGCACUGGUCUUUUAGGCGCGCAAGCUCAGAACCGGCGGGUGGCCGGGGCUCCCAGCACAGGCCCGGAACCGGCGGGUGGCCGGGGCUCCUAGCAACCGGCUGCCAGCCCGGACCCGGGGAGAGAGGAGGUCGCAAUGGACGAGGCAGCCAUCGCCAUCAACCCCUCCGCAGUACCAAGAGAAGACCUGGGGCGUGGAGAGCCGCUCGCCUCGACCUCGAAACAGAUCCGGAAGAGUUCAACUCUUGAUAGAGAAGGAUGGUGGAGGGUAACAUUAACGAAUACUCCAAUACCUGGCACUUACCACAUAAAGACUUUUAUUGAAGAGUCCCUAUUAAACCCAGUGAAAGCAACCUACAACUUUAAAAACGAAGGAAGGAAAAGGAUACCGCUUGUGCAGAGAAACGAUCCAGUCCCAACCGACCUGCCGCAUUACAAGCCUCCCGACUUCUUGGAGCUGUUGAAGAAGCAGAUGGCCUCCUACUCGUUCAAAGACCGCCCCCGGCCAAACCCCACCACCCUGGUUGACAAAGACGAGUCACUCCAGCUUUGCCCAGGACAGUACGAGAUACUCCCUGCACCUGUUCCCAAGGCUGCUUCCAGGAGCUUCGUAUUUCGUUCUGCGGUUCAAAGAUUCCCACCGAACUAUUUCACACCUCACGAAGGCCCUGGACCAGGUGAAUAUAACUUAAAAGCACCCUCAGUGGGCUGCAUCACUUCUUGUUUUCGAUCUAAAGUUCCCCGAUUCUUGCCUGUCGGCUCAAAAACACCGGGUCCAGGAGCAUACACAGCUUCAAGACAAUUCCCUAAGCAGUCCCCAACCAUUGCCAAAAUGGGUAGAGAACACAGCCUUUUCUUCAAUAACACAAUUGGCUUUUAAAAUAAAAGAAUAUUGGUGCCAUGCUA